AUGGAGGAAAGCGACGUAUACGCACGAGAGGAAGGUGACCGCCCCGUAGAGCAUUCGCCGCGUGGGCGCUACAUCCGCUUCGAUAUUCGAUUAGGCACAGGUGCUUACAAAUCAGUAUACAAGGCGUAUGACACGGACCAGGGCAUCGACGUAGCUUGGAACGCCAUUGAUAUUGGCUUGUUACCUAGCACCGAGAAGACACGCAUUAUUCAAGAGGUUCAGCUGCUACAAAAGCUUGAGCACAAGAACAUUAUAAAUUUUUAUGGCUCGUGGUUCUCUAAGGAGAAGAAUCAGGUUGUUUUCAUCACGGAGAUCAUGACAUCGGGAACGCUUAAGUCGUAUAUCAAACGUGUGCAGUUUAUUAAGUGGAAGAUUAUCAAACGCUGGUGCAUUCAGAUUCUCGAGGGUCUCCAUUAUCUCCAUAGUCAGAAUCCGCCUGUCAUACACCGGGAUCUCAAGUGUGACAACAUUUUUGUAAAUGGAAAUACGGGAGACUUACGAAUUGGCGAUCUAGGUCUUUCCACACAACUGGCAGUCGACAAGAGAUCCAAGGCACAGAGUGUACUGGGCACACCCGAAUUUAUGGCACCGGAGCUGUAUGACGAGAGUUAUGAUGAAAAGGUGGAUGUUUAUGCCUUUGGUAUGUGUGUACUGGAGAUGGUGACUAAGGAAGUGCCAUACUCGGAGUGUAUCAACCCAGCUCAGAUCUACAAGAAAGUGACAGCAGGAAUUCGACCAAAAGGUCUUCAGCGCGUUGUUAGUCAAGCUGCACGUGAUUUUAUCGAGUUGUGUUUAUCACGUGGUAAUGGAUUGGUGGAUGUGACUGCGCAGUAUCUGUUAGACCACCCCUUCUUGAAGGUCCAAGAUGAUGAUAAUGAUAUGGUGGAAUGUCUGCUCAAAGACGACUUGGAGUACGAAACGAAAGUCGAACAGCAGCGAUUAGAAAAGGUUGCAGAGGAGUCGUUUGCUGAAGAGUUUAAUAUGGAGGGUGGAUCUAAAGACGGCGCAGCACUCGCGUUAAACCAACGGCGUCAACAAUUUACUCCGAUCUUGAUGGAGCCUGAAGCAAUGGCUGCUGUAUCGCUUCUGACGUUGGCGCCAGACAAUUCUUGUAGUACGAUUGCGACGGGUUCAACCGAGGUGGAAGCUGCUGGAACGCAUCACAUGCUUCAAGUAUCAGCUGGGAAAUAUUUUAUUGACGAUAAUUGUGCACCGGUUCCGGAGUCGAAUGAAUUAGAAUUUGUAAACGCAGCUCAAAGUACAGCACAACCUUCCACUCCGCCACCAGAAGCUGCUCAGGCAUCACCACUCUCACCUACCCAGCCUGUCAUCAGCGAGAUGGUUAUUGUCGAUGAACCACUCUUGUCGGGAAAACAAAUUGUCGAUACACACGUCGAUCAAUUCCUUGCAACACUACCUGGAUCAGAAAGUGCGAUUCAAAACACGCGGAUAAACAUUAUGGGUGGAAGAGGGCAUCGAUUAGAUUUAGAGAACGAUUCUGCUCCUGAAUACGCUGAAAAUCCAGCCGAUGCGUCUGAUGCUAGCAAUCAAGAUACCAUGGAACACUUGCAAUCGUUUUAUGGGGACCAUCCUUCCGUAGAUGUGCAUGUGAGAAAAUUAGAACAUCCCAACUCGGCUCCAGGGCUAUUGACCCCGUCUCAAGCGCCUCACGUUCAAAUUCCGGCGAUGCAGCUGCCUGAGCCAGUUUUCGAGCUUCAAUCUACGCUUGUUCGACGGGCAAGUAUACAUGCACCAUCUAAUGCAGCAGCAGCUGCGGCAGUAACUGCUGCUCUUGCUGAAGCUGCUGUUCAGCCGUCCGCAUCUCAGCAGACCGCACCGGAUUUAGCCAAUUCUAGCAGUGCAAAUUUAAGUGCUCGAAAGCGAGCUAAACGACAUGAGAUCAAGGCGACCAAAGAUCCCGACAAUGAGCAUAGCAUUUUACUGAAUUUACGCAUCAUGAUCGAUGGCAAAUCUAAGGAGAUCAAAUUUCCUUUUAAUUUGUUUGCUGAUAGCACUCAUGAAGUCACGUGUGAACUAGCUGUCGACGUUGGAAUUCGGGAGCCCGAUCUUGAAGACAUUGCCGACUCAAUUCGCUUUCUGGUAACAGAAGGAAAGAUUAACAAUCUGUCGGAUGUGCAGGAAGAUGUUUGGGAAGAAGCGCCUGAGCCUCAUUCUUUUUCGUCAAAGCCAUUUCCGAACGUAUCGAAGAUGUCUUUUGUCCAUGUACCUACAGGAGUGUAUCAACAGCAACAAACCUAUUUGGUGAACUCAACUGGCUCAGAUCAUGCGCCAAGUGCGUCUAGUGCAGCCAAUUCUGGAGUUUCUUCUUCAGUGCUUCAAAGCGUAUUGAGCGCCAGUGGAACGUCUAAUUCUGCUGCACCAGCUGGUGGGCCCCUGUCCGUGCAGGAACUUGUAGUGUCUAAAUCUCAAGAGUCUCUAAACGCUCCAAGUCUGAGUGACCCAUCGUCCAUGAUGAUGCUUGACAAGAACAUUCCACAGGGUAAUACCAGUAAUAGUACCAGUGCGCUCUCUGCGCUUUCUAAAAAUGAGCUGGCUCGAUCACCCCCACGCCCUGGUCUUUCCCAUACGGCAAGUGAUUCAACGCUAAGUCGAGAAACGUUACUCAAUAUUUUGGAAAUGCGUUCGCGUGGCGUCUCGCUGGGGUCAAUUGCUGAUCCGGACCAUGUACAGCAAAUUCAUCAACUGGAAGACCGUUUGAAGCUGGCCAGAAGUACGUUCGAUGACCGAGAAUCUUCGCUGGAAGCGGCAAUACGAAGUGAAGAGGAAAAACAUCAGCGUGAAAUUGAGCGUUUUCGGAAGAAGAUGGAAGAAUUUGAUAAGCAGCGCGCGGCUAUUGCCCGGCAGCAAAAUGGGGAAGGUGCAGUUAUCAACGAUAUUAAUGGCUCGAUGAUGGCGUCUUUGAAUGAGAAUUUUCAACCUUUUGCUCAGGUAGAGGCAUUUGUAACCACGAAAGAGCAAAGUUCUUCCAACACGCUUGCUGAUCUCGACAAUGUUGUGGGUCUUCCACUUGAUGGGUCCGAUGAAGACUGUUCACCGCCACUAUCUGGAGUGGCAGCAGCGUCAUAUCUCGCAUCAGCUCCUAAGUCAACAAGUGCAUCAAUGCAAGUGAGUUCGGUAUCAAAUUCUUCAGUAGCUUCGUCGUCAAUUCAAGCAGAUGAAUCAAUUCCAAAAAGGUAUUUACAAUCAGCGAAUCCGCUCGUAGUAGGAACAGAUACGACGGCCGUAGCAGCGACGGCAAUGACAUCCCUGGUGGCUAGCCAAUCGUAUUCUGGACAAUCGUAG